AGUCACUCCAAUGACACACCACUGCAACCAUACAUCCUCUUAUCCCGAGCUCAACUAUGGCAGCGGGGCAAAGUGGAUCAAGAAUCUGACGCAGGGUCGCCUGUCUAAUUUUCUAGGCGGUCACUUUUCAGAUGUCAACCUCUCCUCGAAACUCUUCGUACAUCGACUCGACGGCCCUGGCGUCGUCGACUUGCAAGUAUGGAGCGCACCAGGGUUGACGAAGCCGCUGUUCGCAGAGGCCAUACGCAAGAAGUUUAGGUCGGCGAAGAAAGGAGAGUCGUUUGGGCCGUCUUUGAAGAUGACGAUUCCUGCGUCAUGGAAAGAAUACGAGCGGGUCCAACUCGAGUUUGACCCCGGCUGUGAGGCCAUGGUAUUCUCCACGGAUGGCGUUCCGCUCCAAGGCAUAACGGGUGGAUUUGGUGGAGAUCGCCGCGUCGAGCAUAUCAUUCCACGCGAAGCCGUCCUGCGGGGAACGUACGAAGUCGUUAUCGAAUCUAGUUGCAAUGGCAUGUUCGGCGUCCCGUGGAACGGGGAUGCCGUCGCUCCUCCAGAUAUGAACAGAUACUUCGGGCUGGCAUCUGCCGAUCUCGUCGUCCCGAAUCAGGAAGCGUGGCGCCUGAUGUGGGAUUUCAACACCUUGCGCGAGCUGGUGGAUGCCCUUCCGGGGAACACUCCAUUACAGAAUAAGGCCCUGGUCACCGCAAAUGCGAUUAUGAACGCCUUCACGACGGGCGACGAUGAGAACAUCCACCAGAUGCGCGCUAUCGCCGAAGACGUCUUUGGAAAAGGUUGGGAAGCCAAGGGUGCAGGUGUCUAUGACGAAGGUGCAAAGAGAGUCCAAGUGGUUGGAAUAUCAUAUUGUCAUAUCGAUACGGCGUGGUUAUGGCCAUAUGCAGUUACGCAGCAGAAGACUGCUCGGUCCUGGUCGACCCAAAUCAAUCUUAUGGAAAGGUUUCCUGAACAUCGAUUUGCAUGCUCGCAAGCACAACAGUUCAAGUGGUUAGAACAACAAUAUCCACCCCUGUUCGAAAAACUCAAGCACAAGAUCGCGUCAGGACAGUUCCACCUCAUUGGUGGUGCAUGGGUCGAAAACGACGGUAACAUGCCUUCUGGCGAAGCUCUCGUCCGCCAGUUCUUGUACGGACAGCGGUAUUUUGAGUCUCGGUUCGGAAAGCGAUGCGAGACAGCGUGGCUCCCUGACACGUUCGGAUUGACUGCUGCCUAUCCUCAGCUAAUUCGGGAUGCUGGGAUGCAGUAUUUCUUUACUCAGAAACUUUCCUGUGGUUCAUGUCCAAUACUAUAUGCUGUUCACAGAAACGUUUUCCCGCAUUCGACUUUCAAUUGGGUUGGCAUAGACGGCACGCAGGUGUUAUGUCAUAUGACUCCAGUCGAUACCUACACGGCCCAGGCUAAUGUAGGGGAGGUUAAGAAAGCCAUCUCAAAUCACAAGAACCUCGAAUCGAACGAUACCGCACUCCUAGUCUUUGGUAACGGCGACGGUGGCGGAGGUGCACUUCCCAAGAUGUUAGAAAAUCUGCGGAGAAUCAGGGCAGUGACGAAUAAUCACCGCGAGCUGCCCCCUGUGAGCAUGGGUAGCACCGUCGAGCAAUUUUUUGAGGAUAUCGAGAGGGAUUCUAAGGGAGGAACGAGUCUUCCAGUAUGGCGUGGAGAGCUGUACCUGGAGUUCCACAGGGGCACGUAUACAUCUCACGGUUCUAUCAAGAAGGGCAAUAGGAAAUGUGAAAUCCUACUGCGCGAUGUCGAGCGUGUUGCAACACUCGCAACUAUCUACAAACCCGCUUCCAGCAACUACGUAUACCCAAAGAAGUCUAUCGAUGAUUGCUGGGAGAAAGUGCUCUUAAACCAGUUGCUUCCCGGUUCUGCGAUCGGCAUGGUCUACGAUGAUGCUGAAAGGCUAUACUCCGAAGUGAGGCGUGACUGCCAAAAAAUGCUCGAUGUGGCGUUCGGAGUCUUGUUGAGAGCCUCGUCCACGGCGUGUGGAGACUCACGAUUUGCCGAGAAACCGACUGGUUUUCUCGUUCUCAAUCUGACGCCUUUUCCUCGACAAGAAGUGGUUGAGGUCCCUCUAUCCGGAGACGGCAUUUUACCUUCGUUCCCUACUGUUGUUCAAACAUCUUUAGAUGGAAAACGUGGCUAUGCUUUGAUUGAAUGCGAAGGGAACGGCCUUUGUGGUCGGGAAAUGUCUAUGCACGAUGAGUGUCUGCCAGUUUGUGUUGAAGCCGUUUCUUCGAACAAUUUCAUUCUCAAGACCUCUGUCAUUACAAUGACCAUCCGCGAAGGGCGGAUUACUAGCAUAUAUGACCUCGAGGGCAAGACUGGUGGUCUUGUUAUCUUUGAAGACCGACCAAACUACUGGGACGCUUGGGACGUCGAGAUCCACCACCUGGAGACACGCACUCCAUUGGCGUUUUCUUCGUUCCGCGUGGUGGCACAAGGUCCUUUGCGGGCUACCGUAGAAGCUCGUGUCAAGUAUGGCCAGAGUGGUAUAAAGGUCAUGAUUUCGAUGGAUGGGACCCAUGCAACCCGGCAACAUGACUCCCGACCACUCAUCAAGUUUGAUGCUGAGGUGGACUGGCAUGAGAGGCACAAGUUCCUCAAAUUCGAGCUGCCUUUGAACAUUAACAACACGGUCGCCACCUAUGAGUGUCAGUUUGGCCAUGUCCAGCGUCCCACGUAUAAGAAUACCACUCUCGAUGCAGCCAAGUUCGAGGUUUGUGGUCAUAAGUUUGCAGACUUCAGUGAAUUCGGAUAUGGCGUCGCCAUACUGUCCGAGUCGAAAUACGGGUUUGCGUGCGAAGGCAAUGUCCUUCGUAUCUCUUUGCUGAGAGCGGCCACGGCGCCUGACGCGGAUCAAGAUCAAGGGCUGCAUAUAUAUUUAACUCUCCGUUACAUGGUAAUGAGAGCGAUCCCUCGAGGAGUAACAUCCGUUGAACCGCUCGUACGGGAAUUCCCGUUCUCUCUUCACGGUGCCCGUAACGUUUUCCUGGAGACUGUUAAGCGUGGCGAGGAUGAUGAUUUCGAGUCGGCCACUGCCAAGAAAACGGUAGUCCUCCGGUUGUACGAAGCGUUCGGUGGGCACGGACGCAUCGAACUGCGGAUUGCCCGUAACGUCCACGUCCUGGCUGCCUACACAACAAACCUGCUAGAGGAUACGAAAGCAGAAGUGGCGCUUUCUCGGGAUGCCCAGGGAGAUGGAGCGUCCACGUUGGCUUUGGAAUUCCGUGGGUUUGAGGUUAAGACAGUGAAACUAGUGCUUGCGGAUGCUGAGGAGGGGUGUACGAGGAACUCCAAGUCUGACCCUGACCCUGUUCCUCUCGGCAGGUCCGAGAGUAGGGAGAGCUGGAUUGUGGUGAGCGAUGAUGCCAGCGAGUAAUUGGGGCUGGAAGUCUGUGAUCCCGCUUGAAAUUGUAUGUCAUACUACCACGCAGUGUGUACGACUAAUGUUAUGUUGUAUGGCUUGUUGUCUCUUUCCAAGCUCUGGUAUAUUACUUUGUACGGCCUCUGCUCCAUACCUUGGUUGGGAAGCUGGUCAUCUUCACGCUUUUGG